AUGUUUACAGCCAUACCGCUUCGACUGCUACGGCACCCUCAUCGACUGGGAACCGGCAUUCUCUCUGUAAUCCGCAUCCUCGCGGACCAGCUCCCCGCUACACACUCUCUCGCCGACCCCAAAGCCCUCCUGCACCGCUUCGACGACCUGACUACACAGCUCGAGCAAAAGAGCCCCACGCUCCUCUACAACGAGAACCAAGUGCAAUCCUUCUCGACCCUUGCCAAAGAACUUGGCAUCUCAGUCCCAGACUCGGUAUCCGAGCCCCUGGGCAACGCACCCGGGACUUGGACUCCAUUUCCGGACACCAUCGAAGGGCUGCAGAAGCUGAAAAAGAGGUACAAGUUGAUCAUCCUGUCGAAUAUCGACAAUCGGAAUAUCCAGGGCACAGUGGAGAAGGGGUUGAAGGGGGCGGAGUUCGAUGCCGUGUAUACGGCGCAGGAUGUGGGGAGUUACAAGCCGAGUCAUCGGAAUUUUGAGUACCUUUUUGGACAUGCAAGAAAGGAGUUGGAUGUCGAGUGGGAAAGGGGGGAUUUGUUGCAUGUGGCGCGGAGUUUGAAGAUGGAUCAUGUUCCUGCGAAAGAGCUGGGGCUGAGGAGUGUGUGGAUUUCGAGGGGGGCGGAGAAGACGGGCGAGGUGGAUACGUAUGAGGGGAAAUUGGGAUUUGAGUGGCGGUUUGACACGAUUGGGGAUUUUGCGAACGAGGUUGAGAAGCAGUUUGCUGCUAAGGGGUUGUAA